CCAAUCCAGCCCUCCUUGCUUCCCUACAACAUGCUCUCAAAGACUCACAAGUACACAUGUAGGCUACUUUCUCUCAUUUUGACCGUCAACCAUUCAUGUUGUUGGACUAUUGCUGUCGUUGCUGUGGAGUCACACUCAUAAAACGCCAUGGACCCUUCUCCCUCAAGACUACUCCCAGUGAUACCUGGGUUAUUCUGCAAAAUCUGCUGAUGUGCAUGGUGUGCUUCUACUCUCUCUACUACAUCGUGGUCAGUCUUUGCAUUGGACUCUUCGGAGUUCAUGAGAUAAACAGCUUAUUAACUCCAUUUGACUACACAACACAACCAUCAUGGCAGAACCCCAAAUAUCUAGUCGGGGUCAUUUCCACAGAAGUGACGUAUGUUCUGGGGGGGUUGGUGUUUGCUUGGAUUGUAGAGGAGUGGGUCUGGGAUUAUGCCAUAACUGUCACACUGUUGCACAUUGGCAUGACUGUAGCAGUGAUGUCAGAUUUUCCCUCAGCUGAACACUGGUGGAUCGCUUUGGGUUCAGGCCUGGUCAUGAUGAUUUUCGGUGGACAGCUCCUGGCCUACAAACUCUUCAGGAACAACUUUGUCUAUCCUGCUGAUCUACAGAACUUCUAAUAAAAACCAUGGAAAGCUUUUAACUGGCUUAUUGGGUUAUCCCAGGAUGGAAGAGUGCCAGUCAACUCGCUUUGUGGUUCACUGUUUGAUUCAUGUUUGCAAUAGUGUGAGGAAGUAAAGCAUGUCUUUUAAGAAUAAAAAAAUUAUAUGUAUCUCAUAUCAAGGUUUAGGGAGUAGUCUGUUCUAAGCAGUAAAAAUCGCUUCUCUUUGUCUGUUGAACAACAUUUUCACUAAUUAGUAGUGUUAUAUAUUAGGAGUUUAUUUUCAAACAUAUAUAAGCACGUUGAUUGGUGAGAAUUGGGUAGCGUUUUAUACAUUUAAAGUUCUAUUUACUUUUAUUUUAUAUUUCUUAUAUCAUUGCAAUUAGGAAUGUAACUUAUCAGACUUUUCUUUUGUAAUAAAAUUUUAUAUCUUCAUAAAUAAAUACAUGUAAAAUAAAAUGACGGUGAGGCACAUGCGCUGCAACCAGUCUUAGUAUUACAUAGUUAAAUGUCUUUGUCUUUAAAAAUGACUGAAUCCAGGAGUAUUGCAAUGGAAAAAAUUUGACGUAAUUGCUAUUAUUAAAUAAGGCUGUCACA